AUGCAAAAAGGGUUAGAAGUGGCCAUCAUGCACGUUUAUCCUAAUGUUGAGCAUAGAGAAUAUAUACGCCACUUAUGUAGCAAUUUUAAGAAACAAUUUUGUGGUGCAUUCUUUAGCAAGAAACUAUGGGGUGCUGCAAAAACCUAUCUUCCUACCAAACAUGCCAUAUUGUUGAAAGAAAUUAGUGACGUAAUUCAAGAUGCCAUCACAUAUCUAAAUAAAAACCACACACAGAUAUGGAGUAGACGCAAGUUUGGUACAAGUUCCAAGUGUGAUUACAUCACUAAUAAUAUUUCGGAGUCAUUUAAUUCUUGGAUCGGUGUAUUGCGCUAUCAACCUGUGCUUGAUCUACUUGAUGCAAUUAGAGAAAAGUUGAUGGAACGAGUAGAUAAGAAAAGAAUGUUGGUGAAAAAAUGGAAUGGUGUGUUGGUCCCUAUUGCUAAGAAUCACCUCAACGACAUUUCUAAGAACUUGGGUCAAUACGAAGUUUGUAGAAGUUGUGACAAUCAAGAUGAAGUGAAGUGCAAGGGAAAACGUUGGGAUGUCUACCUAGAUGAACGAAAAUGUAGUUGUCGAGUGUGGCAAUUUAGAGGCCUUACAUGUAUACAUGCAGCGACUUUUAUUGCUUUUACAAGGGAUGUUAAUUGGGAAAAGUAUGUUGAUUCAUGUUACACAAUAAAGAAAUAUAAAGAAGCAUAUGCUUUUGAAAUUGCUCCAAUGCCCGGAGCGGAUCAAUGGAAGCAACAAGACGGAGAUAAAAUAUAUUCGCCUAUUAUCAAGCGUCCGAUUGGACGGCCCAAAAAAUAG